AUGCUGGCUUCGACCCUUAGAUUUUCAAGUGUCUCGUCAAGUGACUACUAUAUCACUUUAUUGAAUUCUACAAGAAAAUUCUCUACUUCUAAAAUAGUAAACAAAACCCAAAUGACUCCAUCUGUCCUAUUAAGUACAUGUUCAAUUGAUCUCUAUUCGACUUCUAGAAAAGAAUCUAGAAAGUUUUCAACUUUACCAAAUUUAAGCAAAUCUUCUGCUUCUAUUGCUACUUCUAGUUCAAUUCCGCGCACAAUUAAACGUCCUCGUUUAAAUGAAUUGGAAAAUAACAAAAAGUUUGACUUUGUACCUGCUCCACAAUUAACACUUUCUGAUAUUAAUGAAAAUGUUAAAAAGGCUAAAUAUGCUGUCAGAGGUGCUAUUCCAAUGAGAGCUGAAAAAUUACAAAUGCAAUUGGAUAAAGAUCGUCAAUCGUUACCAUUUGAGUCUAUUAUUAAUGCUAAUAUUGGUAAUCCACAGCAAUUAAAUCAAAAGCCAUUAAGUUUUUACAGACAAGUUUUAUCCCUUUUACAAUAUCCUGAAGCUAUGGAUAACCCCAAAUCUGCCUCUAUUUAUCAACCAGAUGCUAUUAAAAGAACUAAACGUAUCUUAAAGGAUGUUGGUGGUUCCGUUGGUGCAUAUUCCGCUUCUCAAGGUGUUUAUGGUAUAAGGAAAACUGUUGCUGAUUUCAUUACUAAAAGAGAUAACGGUGAAUUAGCUUACCCGGAAGAUAUCUUUUUAACUGCUGGUGCCUCUUCUGCUGUAUCAUACUUAUUAUCAAUCUUUUGUAAAGGUGAAGAAACUGGUGUCCUAAUUCCAAUUCCACAGUAUCCUUUAUAUACUGCCUCUUUGGCUUUAAAUAACUCACAUGCCUUACCUUAUUACCUUGAUGAAAAGUCUGGUUGGUCUACUAAUACAAAAGAAAUUGAAAAUAUUGUUCUUGAUUCCAUAAAAAAAAGUAUUAAACCAUCCGUCCUUGUGGUUAUCAAUCCAGGUAAUCCGACAGGUGCUGUCCUUUCAAAGGAAGCCAUUGGGGAGAUCUUUGAGAUUGCUGCUAAAUAUGGUAUUGUAGUCAUUGCAGAUGAAGUAUACCAAGAAAACAUUUUUGGUGAUGAUGCCGAGUUCCAUUCAAUGAAAAAAGUGCUAAGAGAAUUACAAAGAGAAUAUCCAGGUCUAUUUGAUGAUGUACAGUUAGCCUCCUUACACUCUACAUCGAAAGGUGUUUCUGGUGAAUGUGGUCAAAGAGGUGGUUACAUGGAAUUAGUCGGUUUCACACAUGAAGUUAGACAAGUCAUUUUGAAACUGGCUUCCAUUUCCUUAUGUCCUGUUGUUACUGGCCAAGCUUUGGUUGACUUAAUGGUGUCCCCACCACAACCAGGUGAUGAAUCCUAUUCUAAAGACCGUGCCGAACGUAAAUUAAUUCAUGAUGAGUUACAUAAGAGAUCUACUAAAUUAUGGGAAACUUUCCAAAAAUUAGAAGGCAUUGAAUGCCAAAAACCACAAGGUGCCAUGUAUUUGUUCCCACAACUACUUUUACCAUACAAGGCUGUCCAAAAAGCUUUACAUGAAGAAAUGUCUCCUGAUGAAUUCUAUUGUAAAGAAUUAUUGGAAAAUACUGGUAUUUGUACUGUUCCAGGUUCUGGGUUUGGUCAAGUUCCAGGUACUUAUCAUUUAAGAACAACAUUUUUGGCCCCUGGAACAGAGUGGAUCGAACGUUGGGAAAAGUUCCACAAAGAAUUCUUUGAGAAAUAUCGUGACUAA